CAACCUCCUCCACCUCCCUCUGUGUUUGUUUUGCGACUCCCUCCUUCUGCUUCGGAGCCCGGCAGGGACGUACCAUUUGUCAACCGCGGGGGGGGGGGAAGUUGCGCGGAGGCGCCGAGAGGAGCUGCGUUCGUUCUCAGAGGCUCCUGCACUCCCCGGCUCACCCCUGCUGCACUCUGCGGCGGUGAACCGUUCCGAGGCGGAGGGGAGGGAGAGGUUUGGAGGGGGAUCAGAGGAGGAGAGAGUGAGCACAGCAUUUGAAAAACCAGCUGAUCAGAGCUGAGGUAUUCUGCCACAGAGACAGAGUGACUGGAAAGAAAAAAAAAGAGGAGAAGAAGAAGAGAGAAGAUCGAGAAAGACAGCAGAUCUCCCUUUGAGACUGACGGCGCACGGACAGAGGAGUGAAAAGAGAUGUCUCCUUAAUUUCGUGGGUGACUGAUGUGAACGGAGGAGAAGGUCUGUGGAAGGAUGUGAGAGCUGCUGGCAGGGUGGAAAUCUGACCAGGAAAAAGGGGAGUUGAGCACCGCAAGCCAAAGCUUGAGUCGACAGGAGGGUCGAAGGACGCCUUUUUGGAACGAGGAGUGAUGUCUUGGCUGUCACCCGUGUCAUGGGCCAAAUGGACGUGGACGGCGGUGAGAGGGGGAGAAGGAGAAGAGGAGGAGGACGAGGGGCAGGAGGCCAGCGAGGAGAGGGAGCGAUUUAGGAGAGGAGAAGAAGAGGAGGAGGAGGAGGAGGAGGAAAGAUCUCAAGGCUGCAGCUCUGACUCGGAGGGUCACUUCGACACGCCCGAAGCAGCGACCCCCGUGCGCGCCCCUCCCACCGUCCCUGGAGAGCUGGAGAACAACAACCCCGAUGCAGACAAAACAGACUUGGAGCAGGAGGAGAACCUGAUAGUCACUGCUCCUGCUGAGGAUAUUCUGCGCGGACGUAACAUGGGUCAGGGCGAGCCUGCGGUCCCCAUGGGUGGCCCGCUCGAAAUAAACAUCCAAACCCUAGAAGAAGAACAAACAGAGCACCUUCCAGACGACUUGGGCUCUGUGCCUGCUCCUGAUUCAUCCUCGCUGAAGGAAGCAGCUAAAUGUGCAGCUCCGGCCCAAGAGCCGAUGCACGACACAACCUCCAUCGCGGUGGCAGAUCCUGCCCCAUAUCUGGCCUCAGCUCCAAGUUCUGCUCCUCUCCCAGAACCAGAGGUACAGAGCGGUGAACUUGCAGCCUCCUCAGCUCCUGAGGCCCCUGAGGAGAAAGCCCUUGCAGAACCAGAGCCAACGUGUAACGGCUUAACCAACCAGGCGGAGCCAACUCCAACGGCUAAAAGCGCCAAAUCCAAGCCUCCUUCUCUGAAAAUCAAGGCUACGCCGGACGAGGUCGUUCAAACCAACGAGGAAGAAGAACUUCCCCUUCCUAAAGCUGCAUAUAAGUUUGACCCUGAUCAGCUGGAUGACAGCUUUAACCCGUUUACCAGCGGUGGGUCCAAAAUCCAGAACUCUCCCCCUCCGUGCGGCCCGAGCUCUCUCCACAGACUCGAGCCGAUCGGUAGCUCGCUGCCCGUUUGUGAGGCCAGUUCAGGAGCACAAGCAGAAACGGUGGCACCAUCAUCAUCAUCAUCAUCAGAGGCAAAGCCUGUGCUGCUGGAGUUUGGUUUGGACGAAGGAGCUGCCAGCAAACCUCCUCCAAAGAGAUUAGGGGGGAAAAAGACAAUCAGCAAACUUGCUGCAAAGAAACAGAGGCCCAAAGUAUCAGAGGCAUCCUCCAAACCCGCACCAGAACCCCCAGCGCCAGAAACAGAUUCUCAACCAGCACCAGAACCAGCAUCCCAGUCUAUACCGGAACCGGUUUCAGAUGCCAUUGCAGAAACCAGUUUGCCAGUUUCAGACUCUUCUGCACCCGUGAACCUGGACGACGUCCCCAUUCCUAAAACGGGAGUAUACAACUUUGAUCCCAGCCAGUGGGACGACCCAAACUUUAAUCCGUUUGGUAGCAACAGCAAGGUGAGCGGCUCUCCGGUGCUCCCUAAAGGCUCCUACAGCUUUGACCCAGAUAACUUUGAUGAUUCUGUGGACCCUUUCAAACCUUCUGCAUCCAUAACCAACGAGGACUCGUCCAGUAGCGCCCCUCAGCCGGAGAAAAAAGUCAAAGAGGGAAGCAAACAGAAAGCGAGGCAGGCGCCCGGCGAGAAGAAGCCGAGGCAGAUUCCCAAGAAAAACAAGGAGAAGGCAAUAACGACAUCUGAGCAGGUCAAGUUUCUCUGUUUUCUGUUGAAUUCCUGUAAAGUGCAGAAAUACGAUGAAAGCCAGUCCUUGGUUCUUGACGUGUGCAACCAGAGCGAGGAUGAAGUGGCGGUGGAGACUCCAGAGAUCACGCAGCGAGUUCACCACGCCACCGACGAGGAGAAGCUGGCCUCCACCUGCAUGAUGGGGCAGACGACAGACAGCCCGGAGGAGAAAGGAGAACCCGAAUGCAUUAAAGCACCCGCGAAGACGCAGCCGAUCAGCGACGUAUCUGCUGUGGAUGGUCCUGAGACCAAGAUGUCAGAUGAACUGGAGGUGGAGGAGAAAGACGUCUUCAGUUUGAAAGAUGACAUCAGUGAGUUGCCCGUGGGCCACACAACAAAAAUAAGCAGCUGUGAAACUCCUGAUGCUGCAGCUCUGUGCAAGGACGGCGUUCCUCUGAGCGAGAUGGACAAGGCCGCCGUGCUUACGCUGAUCAGAGAAGAGAUCAUCACUAAAGAAAUUGAGGUCAACGAAUGGAAGAGAAAAUAUGAAGAAAGCCGAGCAGAGGUGAUGGAAAUGAGGAAAAUAGUUGCAGAAUAUGAGAAGACGGUUGCGCAGAUGAUCGAGGAUGAGCAGCAGCAGAAAACCCUGUCUGGUAGUAAGUCCGUCAGACAGCUGAUCCUGGAGAGGGAUCAGGCCGUGGCUGAUCUCAACUCAGUUGAGCGCUCCUUUGCUGAUCUCUUCAGGAGGUAUGAGAACAUGAAAGGAGUCUUGGAGGGCUUCAAGAAGAACGAGGAGGUGCUGAAGAAGUGUGCGCAAGACUAUCUGAUGCGGAUCAAGCAGGAGGAGCAGCGAUACCAAACCCUCAAAGUCCACGCCGAGGAGAAACUUGACAAGGCUAACGAGGAGAUAGCCCAGGUACGGUCCAAGGCCAAUGCAGAGGGUGUCGCGCUAAAUGCGAGCCUGAGGAAGGAGCAGAUGAAGGUGGAGUCGCUCGAAAGAGCUGUUCUUCAGAAGAAUCAAGAGAUCGAGGAGCUCACCAAGAUCUGCGACGAACUCAUCGCCAAACUGGGAACAGAUUAAGAGGCCUUCGAUCAAACUCCGUGGCACUCGACCGAACUCUGAUACCUGUGCUCCAGCUCGACCCUUAAGACGUUUCUCUCGGCAACAUGCGAUGUAAAUCCCGUACGCCAGCACACUUUGGCACGCCGCAACUUUCUGAACACGAGGUUUUUGAUUACAUAUACUGCAUCUAUAUAUCACUGAAAUACUGACUGAUUGCACUUGCUCAAUUGCUCCUUUCGGGCUGAAAUAUGAAAUAUAAAAUGAGAACGAUGGCUGCUUGUUAUGUUAAUCGUGCCAUGGCGAGAUUGCAAAAGCACAGUUUGACUAUUAAGAUGUAUUUUUUAUUAUUCUGACUAGAAGAAAGGCCACAGCUCGUCAACCUUUGACUAACGAUAUGCUGUAGAGGAAAUUCUUACGUUUUCCUAAAGGGUUUCUUGUGUUGAAAAAAAACACAGUGCACACGUGCAGAAGUUAAGGGAAAAAACAAUGCAGGCAAACAGCACAGACAUUUUUUUCUUACUGCAGCACAUCUGCACACAUUAGUUUCUUUUUUUCUUCUUGUUUCACAGGUUGACAGAGUACAUAAAGUGCCCUCAGUUAGAGGUUGAAGUUAAAUUGGCAUAAUGGACAUUAUCCCACUGUAAAUGUUGUGGAUUGUUAAAUAUGAAUAGCACUUAAGACCACUCAUUCAUUGAAUACCCUCUUUAUUUGACCAUACUUUGAGAGUGAUGAGUGAAGUUGAAAGUUUGCAGUAAGACCUUUUUUUUAUCAUACUGUAAUAAUAAACCACGUGCCAUGUGUCAUUUGCCGUGUAAAUAUUUUUGGAUUGUAUUCAUGUUUUAUCUCCCAGCACAAAUGUCUCUUGUGCCUUUUUUUUUUUGUCUUAUUUUUGUAAGAGAAAAUGUUUAUUUUUUUUCUUAACUCAGUCGUUUCCGUACUGAAUACAGCACAUUUCCCGUUUGAUCAAAGGAUUCGGAACAACAGCGAGUUAUAAUGGGUUUUUGCAGAUUUAAUGCUUCACCUGCAGUGAUAGAUCAUUAUUUCCUGUGCUAUCAUCUAAUUAUAUCUCCUUUGCUGCAACAUGUUCUGGUCUGAUUGAACUUGAAGGAGCACACGAGAUGCUGGAAUGGAAAGCGUCUUUGACUUCAGCACAAUCAUUUGCCAAAUGUCACAGAUAACUGAGAUGCGUUUCAGUGUGACUCCACGUCCUGUUUGUACUGUGGCCGCCAUUCGUCGAAAAAGGUGCUUCUCAUGCAACUCCAUUGUUAUAGUACAAUAUAUGUAUAUUUUAUACUUUGUCAAGAGAACAUUCAGAAUUGUGUUGCUAAUAUUUGUAAAAUUGAGUAUACUCAGAUUAUAUGUUAACUGCUAUAUUUUGUGCAUUCAUAAAUAAAUGGUUAAGAUUUGACUAUC